AUGAAUCAACCGGCAUUUACAGCACACGUUUUGGAUACAACUAGAGGUGUUCCUGCAGAAAAUAUAUCAGUUUCUGUUUUUAAAAUCAACCAUUCGGGCACAACACUUGCACAAGAGCAACUUGCUACGGCGACAACCAACACCAACGGCCGUGUUGGUCAAUGGAACGUACCAUUGAAAGAAGUUGAAUCUGGAAUUUACAAGUUUCGCUUUGAGACAGGUCCUUAUUAUGAUGCUCUGUCAGUGGAAACCUUUUAUCCGUAUGUCGAACUCACAGUUCAUAUUAAGAAGGGCCAACAUUAUCACAUUCCACUUCUGCUAUCCCCAUUUGGAUUUACUACGUAUCGCGGCUCUUAA